AUGGGAAUACGCAGGCGCUUCAAGCGACAUGCUAUUGUCGCAAUUGUCCUGGUCGCCACGGUCAUCUGGUUGCUGCAUUCAUUUGGAGAGGAGGAGGCGGAAGUGGCCAGUGAUACGCCGUUGCUGCUAAAAUACAUUUCUCCGCCCAGCGGAAAAGGAGGUGUAUGGUAUAUUCCUCCUUCAUGGCUGGGAAAUGGUACGACUGUACCAGAGAGCAUUGUCGAAGCAGCAAAACUAGCUUCCGACAGAGCGCAAGCGCCUCAGAGACAGAUACCCCUGUCCAGCAUCCCGAGGAUCGUCCAUCAAACAUGGAAGAACACCGAUCCGCAGAUAUGGCCUCAGCCAAUCCGGCAGAGCACGGAGAAAUGGCUGCGAGCUGUCGAAGAGGAUCAGAUGGCUUACUUCCUCUGGGGCGACGAGGGGAUCGACCAGUUCAUUAAGCACUUCGAGCCUGGACUGGAGAAGCAAUUCUACGCGCUUGCUAGUAACGUCGAAAGAACAGAUGUCUUUCGUGUUCUGGUUUCGAAGUGGAUCGGUGGUGUGUACGGAGAUAUGGACACUGAGCCGCUCCGCAAACCCAACAACUGGAUUAACGCCUCGGACAUUCAGCCCUGGCGCGACCCGGAAACAGGCGACGUGUACACGUCCACCAAGCCUGUCGGCGCAAUCGUCGGUCUGGAGGCUGAUUGUUCUCCUGAUAGCGAUAUGUACUGGCGGAUGGGGUAUACCUACCCGGUGCAAUUAACGCAAUGGGCUUUUGCCUGGGCGCCGGGACAUCCCAUCCUCCAGCUGUUCAUUGAUAGAUUCUCUGCAUCGAUGCAGGAGAUGUCGAGCGAGGCAGCAAAAGACACAGUCGAUCCGCUGAUUCUGACCGGCCCGGUUGCGUUCACCGAGGCGGUGCAGAGUUGGUUGAUGGCGACUACAGGGCUACGGUGGAAUGCGCUGACGGGAUUGCAUGAUGGGGGGAAGAGUAAGCUUGUGGAGGAUGUCUUGGUUCUUCCGAUUACGGGGUUCAGCCCGGGGAGAGGCAAAUAUGGCAAUAUGGGCUCGAAACCCACGACAGACCCGUCUGCGCGACUACUCCAUCGAGCGCAGGGAUCGUGGAGGAAGUUUGAUAUCAUAGUGGAGUAUGGAAAAUUCUGUCGGACGGUGUUUGGUCGGUGCAGGGAGUGGACCAAAGUCCCUCAUACAUCUUAA